ACAGAUACAUCAGCUGGUUUUGCUGAUGUCUGAAAUUGAAGACAAAGAAAUUGCACAGUCUUUCCUGGAUAAAGUUGGGGGAGACCUCAGCUCUUGCACUUUGACCAAGGAAGUGCUUCUGAUCCUGCUGCAGCGUAGCUCUACAACGCUCACUGUGGACUACAGGAAGUGUGAGAUCCGAGAAGAGAACACUCUAGAACUCCUUCCUCUGCUGGGCAGGAUACGAUUCCAGAGGCCCACUCCAGGCUUCAUGAUGUCCAUCAUCAGACAGAUCUACCAGACUUGCUCUCCCCACUAUAUCAGCAGCCUGUUGAGAUCCACAGACAACUGCCUCAAUCUGACCACCAGAGUCCUGGAUGCUGCUGACUCCACUGCCCUGUGUUACACAUUGCAGCACAGCCAGGGUGUCAAACUCAACCUGAUGUGGACCUCCACUCCAGAGGGGGCACUGGAGAGUAUUGUGCCACUCCUUAGCAAUGUGUCACACCUCAGUGUUGACAGGCAGCGGCUGCUGAGGAUCCUCCACUGCUGUGCCUCCUCAGAUGACCAGCAGGGGGCAUCGCUAGCUCUUCUUCAGGCCCUACAGCACACACUAGACUUCUCCUGCUCCUCUGCUAUGGACCUGACUGACGAGACUCAGGAAGUUCCCAUGAUGCAUCUGAGAGCCGAGGAUUGCCGGGUCAUCGCCAUGGUGAUGAGUAUCAACAACACCACCAAAACCCAUCUCAUGCUGCAGGACUGCCAUGUGGACGAGGCGGGAUUGGAAGAGUUGUUCUGGGUUCUAGAGACGGCCACUCUACGGUGCAGCAAGGCCCAGUUGCUGCAGUUCCUGGCUCUGCUGGGCGUUGGCUCUGAGAGCAUGUGUGUGAGGAGAGCCAACUGCCUCUCUCUUGCUCUGGGGAGGGAGGUGGACCUCAGUCACAUGGUGCUGGACCAACAGGCCUGUGGGACCCUGGCGCUGCUUCUAGAAUAUUCUGAGGAGCUAUCGGAACUGGACCUCAGCCACUGCCAGCUGACAGACCGCUGCCUUGAACCUCUGCUCCCACACCUGCACAAAACAAAAGUCUUGGAUCUCAGUGAUAACAACAUCACUGACAUCGGGGCUCAACACAUCUACAACGAGGUCAACUCAACAAGCUCUGUGUCCACUGUGAGACUGUUCAACAACAACAUCGAGAGAAAACACCUUUACCAAGGAGACAAGCGCUUUGAGCUGUGGUGAGCUGGUCAGGCCUGUCAUGUGAUCUGGGGUCAGAGCCUGCCCAUAUUUCCUGUGACGCUGCAAAACAUGUGACUUCCUGUGACGCUGCACAACAUGUCACUUCCUGUGACGCUGCACAACAUGUGACUUCCUGUGAGGCUGCACAACAUGUGACUUCCUGUGAUGCUGUACAACAUGUCACUUCCUGUGACGCUGCACAACAUGUCACUUCCUGUGACGCUGCACAACAUGUCACUUCCUGUGACGCUGCACAACAUGUCACUUCCUGUGACGCUGCACAACAUUGCACCAAAGAAAGUGGAUGUAAGAAGAAGCGUCAUUUUGUUUCUUUUCCGGUAUCCACUUUAUGUCGGGUGAACGCCCCCUUAGGAGACCUUCGGUUAGGAGACCUUCGGAGUCCUGAGGUUGAGAAUCAAUGAAGUCCCCUUAGCGCUGUAGAUGGCGGUAGCGCACGUCUUGCGUAAACACCUCAAAAAGAGAAGAAGAAGUAGGGGACAACGCCCCCUUAGGAGACCCAACUUGAGCACACGCUUUUGCAUUGAGUGGGCGUGUUUUGCGAUAUCUUGGUUUGAUUCAGUAUUUUUGAUGUCACUUCCUGUGACGCUGCACAACAUUUCAAGAUCAAGUCAGUCUGACCACAUAGGCUAUCUCUGGCUUUUCAACGUUCCCUGAGCUGGGAAACACAGGUACGCCACUUAUGAGUGAAAUGGGACUUCACUCUUUGCAGAAAAACAAAACAAAACAAGGGAAACACUCAGGGGAAAUGAAGUGGACCAAUCAUUUUGUCAUAUUUUGUAUGUAUAGUUUAUGUAGUUUUGCUGAGAUGUGUUUAAUAUGUUGUUACCAAUGCUGCUGAUGGGUGU